CGCAUUACUGGCCAACUCUUUCUCAAUCAUCUUCUCUCGCGCGUGUUUUGGCGCGUUGAGCUCGGCAGGGGCGCCGCUUCUCAGCCAUGGCUUCCAAUCGAGAGGAGCGGCAGCAGAUGCGGCAGCGCGGAGCAGCGUUACGCAAGACUAAGGCGAUAGACUUCGGGUUCUCAUUUGGCUUGUCCGGUGCGCCUGACGAUUCGUCUCAAUCCGCGUCGCGACCCGCCGAUGUUGGUAUUUCUCUCGGACCUCCUGCACCACCCACAGCUACAAGUGCUGCGACGGCGACAAGGGAGCCUGAGAUCACGCAGCCAUCCAUCGCCUCACCAGAUAGAAAGCCGUCGUCCUCACAAGAGGGGCCCGUUCGUCGAACACCAGGAAGCGCGCGCAACAAGCUUCCCCCACGCCCGUCACCUUUUGACAUACCUACGGAAGAGCCGCCAGAAGUCGGACCGAGUCGCAAGAUAAGGAAACUUGAUCAUCCUAGGAGGACAUCGACGAUAUUACUUGGCGCGCGGGAUGAAGUGAGCUCACAACCACUCCGGAAUGGCGUCGUGCCAAGCGCAACGGCUCAAUUGCCUGAGGAGUCAACGGUCACACCUGUCCUGAAUGGUAGCGCUACAUACGAGGCACAACCGCAAGAGUUACCUUCAACAACUACACUUCUGCCCGAGAAUACUGCACCAGUACAGGCGAACGAGCCAGCAGAGCCUCUAGCGACUGAAAAUACAACAACGCCGCCGAGGGUUCAACCAGAACGUCAAGCGAAAUCAAGUCCUCCAUCAAGUCAGAAAUCAAGGGGCAAACGCAAGAGAAGGACAUCGCGGGAUAGCGAAACUUCUUCACAUGGUUCUCCGCAGAAUGCCGUGAGUCCCAAGGCGACGGAGGUGGAGGACGACCAAUUAUCAGAGCCAAUGGACAUAUCACCGGAUGGAAAAUCAGAUGCCACAAGGUCACCGACUGCUGCGUCUGAUGCUCCUGAGCGUCGAGAUGGCACUGCACAGGACGUUGCUGAGCCUCAAGAGACCCCUGAACUUCAGGUGACUACUGAGGUGCAAAUAGCCAGUGAAGAGCAGACUACAGCACAGGAAAUCAACACCCAACCGCAGGUUGUUAGUGAGCCUGAAGUUCCCACAGAACCUCAAAUCUCCCCUGAACCCCAGGCUGCUCUUGAUCUCCAAGAGACGACUGCACCGCAAACUACUGAAGAACCUACUGAGCCGCAAGAGGCGACCGAAUCUCAUGAUGUUGCUGAGCCCCAAAGGCCCACCGAGGUCACGCAAGCAGCCGAUCUCGUCACGACAGCGCAAAGGAAAUCUUUAACACCCCCGCGGGUCAAGCGAACGAGGGGCCAACGUGCGACAUCCGCCCAACCGCCCUCAACGAUUGCCAAGCAAUCUAGAGUGGCGAGAGCUGGUUCAGCAGAAAGUGCCCCAGCUCAGGUCCGAGAAAGCAAGAGGCUCCGCAGAGGGGGGAAGAGUCAGGAGCCUACGGCAGGCAUCCCUACGAUAGAAGAAGAGCCAGGUGAUGAACCUGGCGAGGUGGAGGUUCCCUCUGAGCCGAGGGAUGAUAUCGCGAGUCGCAAAGGGACUCGCCAGUCACGGUUGCCGAGACCUACGGUGGCAGAGAAGAAAUCGACACGCGCUGGACGCCCCGGAAGAAAGGCAACACGGUCCAAAGAUGUCCAGAUGGAAACAUCUCCGCCCGAAGAAGAGGUGCAGCCUGAGCCUGAGCCUGAGCCAGUAGUGGAACCUGAACCGGAACCGGAACCGGAACCAGUACCGGAGUCAGAAGCAGAACCGGAGCCCGAACCUAUACCGGAGCCCGAACCUGAGUCGCAGGCGGAAUUUCCAGCCGAGCCUGAACCAUCUAGGCCUGCCAAGCGUGGUCGUGGCAGGAAACCGCUAGCAAAGAAGAAAGACGAUACGCAGGUUGCGAAUGAGGAACCUACAACACAAGCCGAGCCCAUUGACGAGGCACCGCCUACGGGAGAAGCACAGGCUGCUGAGGAAGCACAGCCUAUCGAGGAAGCACCCAAGAAACGCAAGCCCAGACAACCUCGCGGGGAAACAGUUCCAGUAACUGUCCAUCGGUUUGUGAACGUCGCAGCACUUGGGGACGCCCCAGAGCUGGAGGGAUCAUCCGACGAGGAAGAACCAGCCGACGAAGCCGCGACGAAACAAAAGAGCAAGCUUAUGAGCCGUGGUGGCGUCAACGCCGCAGACGUGCUCAGCCAAAUCUGCCGCGAGACCCUAGAAAAGACCCUCACGACACUCAAAAACGGGAUCGCGAACGAAGGCAACGCCGCCCGGCGUGCGGAAUGGAAUCGCAAGAAGAAGGCCGUGGAGGCCUACGGCACAGAACUCGAGGGCCGUCUCUUCGAAUUGAGCGAGAUGCUCGACAGUAAUUUUGCGCUUGGACGCCAAGUCAAGAAAUCGAAACGGGAGAUGAUGGAUCUACGGAGUCGACUCUACCAAGUGCGGAAGGAGAGAGAAGCUGUAGCAUUGCAAAUGGAUGCCGUACGGAGGAAACACACCGAGGAGGAGAACGCCAAAAUGGCCCGGUCCACCAUCAACAAUUCCCUCCACAGUCUGGACCUCGCCCUCGAGCGCACCAACCGUCCUGUCGACGAAUCCACGUCCGAGAACCCCGACACCUCCACCGUCGGGCUGGAGUUCCUCCUCCGCAAUGUUGCUGAGAACGUGAGCUCUGUCGCCCCGGGAGCUCAAGGCGGUCUGCUCCAUCAGAUCCGGUCGUUCAACGCGCAGCUCGAAGCUACAGCACGGCGACUCGAGAGUUGACCUAACCUUGAUUCCUUCACUUGUUCGUUCUGUCAUUCUACUUGCUUUCGAAUGAUACCCAGCGGCAUUGUCGUCUAAGGAGUGAGGUUUGCUGGAGGUUGGAUAAUGGAUAUGCAUUUAUUGCUCUGACUACUCCCUAUUGGAUAUAUUUGAG